AUGAAGUCAGCACCCAGCUCGAGCUCUAUGGAAGCUGCCGAGGUGGCAACCCGUAAUCCAGAGCUCAAGAAGCCAUCAAAUAGCCCCACUGUCUUUUCCAACACGAUCAAUGGCAAGGCUUGUUUGGACGGGGAAAUGGCACAGGCAAUCAAUCCUUCAACUCGACGUCCAUUAUGGGAUGUCCCAGUGGCAACAGAUGAUGAUAUCGAAACUGCUGUUGUUGCAGCCAAAGAAGCAUUCGAGACAUGGUCACAUACUCAUUGGAACGAAAGGGUAAAGUACCUUAACAAAGCCAAGGAUGCCUUGAUGGAAAUUAGGGAUGAUAUGGCUGAGUUGAUCACGCAAGAAGCGGGGAAGCCUUUACAAUUCGCCAAGAUGGAGGUCGAUCAUUCAGCCAGGUUUCUGUCGUACUAUUCAUCGCAUCCGGAACUGGAAACAAAAGUUGUUACAGACAACGAUGAGCUCCGCCUAACUGUGAAAUAUGUCCCCAUGGGUGUUGUUGCAGCUAUCUGCCCGGCCAUCCACCCAUUGCUGCUAGCGGUAGCCAAAAUCGGGGCAUCAUUGAUAACCGGCAAUACCGUGAUUGUGAAGCCGUCGCCCUUUACGCCAUAUAGCACUCUGAAGUUUGUUGAUUAUAUCAAAUCGAUAUUUCCACCGGGAGUCCUUCAAGCAUUGAAUGGUGACGAAAAGCUCGGCCCGGCUUUGGUUGAGCAUCCUGAUAUACAGAAAAUUGCCUUUACAGGCUCUACUGCCACGGGAAAGAAAGUCAUGGCUGCUGCGAGCAAGACUUUGAAGCGUGUGACGUUAGGAUUGAGUGGGAAUAAUGCAUGCAUUAUUUUUCCGGAUAUAGAUGUGUCGGUGGUGGCCCCUCAGGUCUCGGUUGGCGCAUUUUUGAACUCGGGUCAAUCUUGCCUGGCCACUAGGCGCAUUUAUAUACACGAAGAUAUAUACCAAGAGUUCAUGCAACAUAUGAUUGACGUGGUGAAGCUUUGGAAAGCAAGUCCUUCCUUACCGGGGGCAGGAAACAUACUCGGUCCAAUCCAGAAUGAGGGGCGGUAUCGAAUUGUGAAACAGAUUGUCCAAGAGUCGAAAAGAAAAGGUCUCAAUUUUGCUCUAGGGAAUGCAGAGUUUGAUGAAGAAAACCACUUUGUGAUUCAGCCUGCAAUCAUUGACAAUCCUCCUCGUGACUCUCGCGUUCUAAUGGAAGAGGCUUUUGGUCCCAUUAUAUCCCUCUUUCCAUGGAAAGACGAAACCGAAGUAAUCAACGUCGUAAACGAUACCAAAACCGGACUCGGAGCAAGCAUCUGGUCCGGCGAUAUGGACCAUGCUGUCGCUGUCGGCGAGAAAAUUCAGGCUGGCAUGGUAACCAUCAACAGUCACCCAUCCCCUCUUCCAAGUGGUUAUCUGUCAGGAUGGAAGGAGAGCGGACUGGGCGGCGAAUUGGGAACUGAAGGUCUUCUGUCGUAUUGCAAUGUGCAAACUAUGUAUUGUUAUAAAUUACCCGUUGCACCAGGCUCAGCCGAAGCAGAUUGA